AACGAGCACAGUGCUGUAACGCUGAAACCCCAACUUCCCUCUCUCUUAUAUAUAAUUGCCUGCUCACCACAUCGCUACAACCACAAGAGAUAGAAUAAGAAGAAGCUAGAUUAUGUUCCAUAGCAUUCACUCACAUAAUAAUACGUGACCCAUUUCAAAGAUUUCGUCUUAAGCACAUAAAUUUAAGUUCAAAAUCUCACCUUUAUUGACUGUGGCGAGGAUCUUGAGAAUGGUUGUGGCUGCGGGUGCUAAGUUCAAUUUGAGAAGAGGGAAUGGUUCUUCUCAUAAUGUUGUCAAUAGCUAUAGCAGUGAUGGAGAUCUCUGCAGAAUUAACAAGAGUGGGUGUUUUUCGUCAGCGGCAGAGGUGGAUAGAGACCCUUCUUGUGUUUCAUUCACCACUUUCAACAUUCUGGCUCCGAUUUACAAACGGAUUGAUCCACAGAACCAAGGCCUACGAGAAAGUGACUUCAGAUCAUUCUGGUUGGACAGGAAUAACAGGAUUCUUGAUUGCUUGCUUUAUGAAUCAUCUUCUAUUAUGUGCCUUCAGGAGUUUUGGGUUGGAAAUGAAGAACUUGUUAACAUGUAUGAGGAGAAACUUGGGGAUGCUGGCUACCAUCUCUUCAAGCUUCCUCGAACCAACAAUCGCGGAGAUGGCCUGCUGACUGCCAUACGUAAAGAAUGUCUAAGAGUUAUGGAUUAUAAAGAGUUGCUUUUUAACGAUUGUGGUGAUCGUGUCGCUCAGUUGUUACAUGUUCAGUCCGUUACCCCCUUGUUACAAAACCCAAAAGGCUGUGUUCCCCAAGAGUUUCUGAUUGUGAACACCCACUUGUUAUUUCCUCAUGAUUCAAGUCUGUGCGUAGUGAGAUUGAAUCAGGUUUACCAAAUAUUGCAAUAUGUGGAAUUGUAUCAGAGAGAAAACAGGCUCAAACCCAUGCCUAUUAUACUCUGUGGUGACUGGAAUGGAAGUAAGCGUGGACAUGUUUACAAGUUCCUUAGGUCACAGGGGUUUGUAUCAUCAUAUGAUAUUGCUAAUCGAUACAGCGACAGUUAUGCAGAUGCUCACAAGUGGGUUAGUCACCGAAAUCAUAGGGGAAAUAUCUGUGGUGUUGACUUCAUUUGGCUUUGCAAUCCCAACCAAGCACGUAAACCUUUGAAGACAAGUUGGGCUGAAGCUGUAUUUAGUAUACUAAAAUUCCAGUUACGAAAAGCAUCAGUGUCUGAAGAUGACGCAUUUACCUUUCUGAAGGGUGACAACUAUGCUGAUUCUGUGACUUAUUUUAGUUUUUCUGAAGCACUCCGUCAGGUGAAGUUAGUUGGUGUGCCUUAUGGACUAUGCUUUCAACAGUUGCAAGACCUAUGGAAUCAAGCAGAUGUUGAUGGAAAUGGUGUCAUCGACUUUGAAGAAUUCAAGCAGAAAAUAUGGAAUUCUACAUGUCCAGAGCAUGUGUUGGAAAAUGUGAAUGGGUGCAUGGAGGAUGGUAACACAGAACAGGAGCAAGAAGCCAUUGGUUUUAAGGUGAAGAAUGCAAUGCUGUAUCCGCGUGAAGUGGAGAAAGGACUAUGGCCAGAAGAUUAUUCUCUUUCUGAUCAUGCUAGACUCACAGCUGUGUUUUCAACAGCAAGGAUGCGAUGUUCUGGCGUACAAAACUGAACGUACUUCAUGCCACUAAUAGUUUUAGGCUCCACUAGAAUCAACCAAAAAAAGAAAAGUGGAAAUAUAAGGUAUAGCCCACAGAAAAAUAUUCAAUUUUUGGGACAAGUUUGGUGUAGGGGUAAACUAAAGUGAUAAUUUUUUUCACUUUCAUUUUUGGUUCCUUACCAAACAUGUCAUGCCAUAAUUAGUGAUUAGUCUGUCUUGUAUAUGUGUUUGGAGUCAAAUUAAAGUAGUGUUAUGCUGUAGUCAGUUUUGAUAAGCCCUGGCCAUGCUUUUUUUUCUCUGGGAAUGGGACAACAAUGUAAAGAUAUUUUUGCAAUGUGGAAGUGGAUGUGCAUAUUAUCUAUUUCCUUUUCCUAUUGUUUGGAUCCAUUGGUUUUGACAAAAAAGGCAAUGGCCCAUGUAAUCUUUUUGCUACAAAAUUCUCGUCGCGGUUGCUCUUUUG